CCUAUUCAUUAUUAGUGUGUGACAACUCGGGUGCUAAUCACCCAGCACCUAUGAUCAUUUUACACAGCAACUCACCAUCGAUUCACCCAAGCCAGACCCUUAACUUGGUUGUUUAGUUGUUGUUCGUCUUCUCCUAUGGCCUAUAUAAGAUCCCAUGCCCCCUUCAACUUCUCACUUCUACAACCCUCCUUAACCUGCAAGCCUCUGUCUCCUACACUUUGACGCAAACUUUUUAGCCUCUGAUGCGCACUCCCAUUACGGGUUCUGGCAAGAUCUCUCCAGCAUAAUACCCUCCUUUGACACCUUACAUGCCAACUCAUACGCCUCUCGUCGUACGCAUCUUCUCAACCUCACUGCCGCUACCCAAACUGAUCAGAAUCAUACAGGAGGACUUGACAGCAUCCUCAUAGAGCCCAAGUAAGGCAAAUAGGAUAUAUCAAUAUCCAUCAACGAAACGCAAGCAGCUCAGAAGAAAAAAUUUAAAACGUAGCACAAAAGAUACAGACUGUACUCCCAGCAUCAACUACCAACAUGUCGUCCCCUAACCGCCAGGGCGAAAUGCCGUUAGGCCAGGUCCAAUACCAUUGGGCUAAUCCGGGAGGCCCCCGGGUUAACAGCGACCAGGACGGUGACAAAAAUGGCGUUACCUCCGGCUCAGCCAUGUUGCUUGACACCCCUGCUUCGGCCCUCUCGAGCCCAGUCCAUGUCUCCGGCCAGAUUCGACGAUCUGGUCUAACUGUGCCACUGGUCUAUAACCCUGACGAUCCCUUCAUCGACCCGACGACAAUUCGAGCUGCAAACAUCGAGCACCAGCUAGCCACAGUCAAUGGGGGCCUCACGUGGGAGCCUGAUGACAAUUUUCUGGCCGAUGCCAGAGUUGACAAUCUCUUCUUCCUCCAGAAAUUCUGGAAAACCUCCAUCGAUAUCUUCUACUCAAACCCUUACGACCUCUUCACCUGGGGCCUGCGCGUCAACGCCAGGGAGCAUGACCCGGUCCUGCGCGACCUCAGCGACCUUAUGGCGCACCCGAUCUGGGCCGGCUCCCUCGCGCUCCUGCGCUUCGCGCUGCAGCGGGCCGUCUGCGGCCGCGUCGCGAACCACCUGCCGCCCUUCAUCCCGGCGAGCUCCGGGGUCCUCGACCAGCUCCAGAAGGAGCCGCCCAUCAGCGUCGCCGGCAUGGACCCCUACGAGGCCGAGGCCUACAUGUCGAAGAAGAUCUUCGACACCUGGAUCGGCACCGUCUCGCCUCACCGCGCCAGCGUCAUCCGCGCGCUGCUGGCGGAGAUGGACGCCUAUUUCGCCCAGCAGGGGCCGCAACAUAAUAAUCGUCACAACCACAACCAGCACCCGGCCUCCGAAUGGGAGCAGCACUUCUUCGUCCUGCGCAGUCGCGACGUUCGCGCCGUCAGCGAAUCGCUCGACGCCUUAUGCCACAGAGGCGUAUACGACUGCCUCACCGAGUCGUACGCGUCGGGCUACUUCAGCGACGUCGGGUCAUGGUGGCCCUUGCUGGCACCGGUGGACCAGGUGGUUCUGAAGCGCUGGGAGGCGCUGUCGACGUGCUGCCGCCGUCGGCGGUCUGCCCAACAGCUCCCAGACGUGAGCCUCUCCGCCAUCGACCAAAACUACGUCAUCUACAUGGCGGCAGAGCAGUUGCCCCGGUACCAGAGGACCAUGUUUCAAUGGUCCGAGUUGGCCCUGUAAUGCUAUCGUCCAGCAUUAAUGUCGUGGAGGAGACAUGGGGGUGGAGGAACCUGAGGUACUGGAGGGUUGGAGAAGGCAGAAUCGGCAAGGCAUUACAUGGAUACGAGUGACGUUACUUUCGACAUCGCUGGACACGCUCAGCUUUUAGGGAUGAUCGCCG